ACAACCGCUGCUGCAGUCGUCGCGUCGCCACUGCCGCCGCCCGCGCAGUCCGACGCCCAGCCGGUAGCGUCCCGACAGCCGCCGUCUCCGUCCGCUCGGAAUCAAGUAACGUACACGGCAAUAAUAAAUAAUAAUAACUAUGAUAGUGUGAUAGUGUUGCCUAUUUAUACAACUGACACGGUCCAUGGUCUGGUACGAUAACUGCAAACGCACUUAACAUAGAAAUCAUAAUCAAAAUAGAAAAAAUUUCGAACUACUAAAAAUGAUGAAAAUAAUUCAUUAAAUUAUCUACGUAAAUAAUUUAAUAAGAUUGGAAUCAAUUAAUGUAAAAUAUUUAUAUAUAUAGUUGUAGAAUGUCGGAAAGCGAGAGAAAGAAGAGAUCACAAUGUAUAGAUGUUUGGGAAGAAGCAGGCUCGGAAUUUUACCAAGAAAGCUAUCCGGGCAUGGAAGCAGAUUUAGAGGCAUUCCAAAAAAAUCCAAAUAAGCUUUCAACUUUAUUACCUAGUAAUAAAACAAGAACAGCUAGGAAAAAAAUCAAUAAUGGAACUGUGUGCUAUCAAGCAACAGCUACAUUAAAACCGGUAGAAUAUGGAACACUAUGUCAAAACACUAUGGGUUGUAAUAAUGAAAUUCAAAUAUCACUAAUGCCCGAUUUGUCAGAGAAUUUAUCUAAUGAGGAACUUGUGUGGGAAGAAAUUAUGAAAAUCAAAACUAUGCCAAUUAGCAUGGCACACAAGAAAGAAUUAAAAGCAAAACUAAAAAGUGCAGAUGCUUUUAGACUUCAAGGUUUCCAGCAGCUCAAGUGGCAAAAGCGAAAAAUUUGUAAUUGUUUGAAAAUCAAGUGGUUAGAGUUUUAUAAUAAAUUCAAUUUGUGGAGUUCGAGUUUUAAAAAAAUCGAAGGUCACUGUGGUGCAGGUGUAGUGGAAUUCUUUCUUUUUAUAAAAUUGUUAAUUUUUUUAAAUGCUUUUACUAUGGUUGUGGUUUUAAUUAUAUUGAUAUUUCCUUCAGUUUAUUGGGUAGAAUUAAAAGAAGGAAUCGCACCAGACCUCUGGAAUGAAUGUGGUUCGAGUAAUGAGAGUGCCUCAAUUGAAUGCUGUAGUGCUAUUUACGAGAACACUACUAGGAUAGUAAGACCUCGAGUAAACAUGCAUUACAUUAUGGAUAUUAUUCAAGGUACGGGUUGGGUUGAAACGACGCCUAUGUAUUAUAGUUAUUAUCCAAAUCAGCAGUUUAAUGUUGGCAAAUUAUUCACUUAUCAUGUACCGUUAGCAUAUAUCGUUUCUACCAUUAGUUAUUUUAUUUUAUUUUUUUUGAUCAUUGUUAGGAAAUCAAUUAAAGGAUUUAAACAAAGAAUGGUAGAAACUCAAGUACAAUAUUAUUUGUACUCAAACAGUAUUUUCAUUGGCUGGGACUUUUGUAUUAACAAUAAAAUAUCGGCCAUACUAAAGCAAAAGGCAAUAUUCAAUGAGUUGCGUUCGUUUUUGAUCGCCGAUAGACCAAAAUUCGAGAAUAGGAAUCGUAGUAAACAAAUUAACAUUAUAAUAAUUAGGUUGCUCAUUUCAUUUUUAGUAAUUGCGCUAAUCGGAUCUGCUUGUUUCUCGGUUUAUCUGAUUUUUUAUUACUCUAUAAAGUUGUUGCAGCGAGACCAAACAUUCAUGUGGGCGUUUUUGUUGGAAUUUGCGACACCGGUAGCGAUAACAUUUUACAACAUAGUGUUGCCAAUUAUCUUUGAUGUUUUUUUAAAGUUUGAAAACCGUUCCAUGUAUCAAGAAACCCGAUUAUGUAUAUUGAGAAUAAUAUGUGUGAGAUUAUCGUUGUUGGUCGUAUUGUUGGGUUCAAUUUAUAAGUUGAUUAACUGCGUGCGGGAAAAAUCUCAGUGUGCAAGUGCAUUAUGCAGUUCUCCGCUCUGUUGGGAGACCUACGUGGGUAAGAUAAUGUAUAAGCUUCUUAUUGUUGACGUCGCAUGCAAAAUCGGAAUCACCAUUUUGAUUAGUUGUCCCCGGAGCAUACUUGUUAGGCAUUUUAAAAAUAAUUUUUUCCAAGUCAUGUGCAAGCAAGAACUUAACUUAGCGAAGCACGUUUUGGAUGUUAUUUACAUUCAAAUAAUCGUGUGGUUAGGAAGUUUCUAUGUAGCCUUGCUACCAGUUCUAGGACUGAUAUCAAUGGUGAUAAUGUUUUAUAUAAAACGAUUUUCUUGUAUCGUUAACUAUAGCCUAGCUCAAAAGGUAUACAGUCCGUCGCGAGCACAUUCAAUGAUCAUGUCCAUGUUACUCAUGUCUUACGUCCUAUGUGUCACUACGUGGUUGGCGGCCGUAUCAAAAAUAACGCCAUCUAGGUCAUGCGGUCCGUUCAAAGGACUACCGUCUGUUUGGAAGGUUUUGAUUGAUUACAUUCGCACCAUACCCUCUUGGACGGUUACUUGUUACGAAAUACUGCUUAGUGUAAACUUCGUAGUUCCGUUGAUUUUCAUACUCUCGUGCAUUGUCUAUUAUUAUCACACUGUUAUGAGAUCCAAUAAAAAAAUGAUUGUGGUUCUACGCAAGCAGCUUGUACUUGAAGGGCACGACAAACAGUUUCUGUUGAACCGGUUGAGUGCAUUUAUUAAGCAACAAGAUAGGCGUCGUAAAGCCACCGAAAAUAACGGUGAAAUCGACGUAUUGCUAUCUUGA